CCGGAAAUUCAAACGUUUCGUUAGUGCGUUUUGAGUACAUCACAUGGGUUUCGGGAGUUAACUACAUGUUAAUACCUAGCGACGCUUAGCGCUGCUAAAAGGACCCUCGAAAUUAACACGCAUAGUGAAUAUAUAAUAUUCAAAAACUGAGAAUUCGACAUGUUUCGCCACUUUCCAAACACUUAUGCAAGUCCUAGACCAGAAUGGCGUCUGGACCUUGCCCCUCAAUCUGUGUGAACAAACCUUCAACGCUGGUAGUUCGUGCUCGAAGAGUGAUCGAAAAUACAUUAAACCAAUUCGUAAAGUCGUAAACUCGUCAUCUGAACGUUUUAGCCAAUCGGUGUCUAAUGCUGGCUGUGUUCAGCCCACGUCGAGACGGAUUUUCUUCCCAUACAUGUUCCAGGGCUCUACCAGCAUUGGACGUUUCCUGCCCUGAUGCAUGGUGGUCGGACGGAGGAAUUGUUGGAAAAUUUCAGAGUGACCUGAGCACAGGGUGUUUGUGUGUUGGGCGAUCAUGCUGCUAGCUCAGAUUAACCACGACGCGCAGGGAAUGGCAGAAUUCCAGGAUGCAGGCGGGGACGCCCAGCACGUCACGCUCUGUCUGGCUGAAGCCGUUGCCGUGGCAGAUGGCGAUCAAAUGGAGAGUAUGGACACUGUAAGUCUGCAGGCUGUGACCCUUGCAGACGGCUCCACAGCAUAUAUACAGCACAGUCCGAAAGUUUCCCUUUCAGAGGGCAGGUUAAUGGAUGGACAGGUUAUCCAGCUCGAGGAUGGAUCAGCUGCCUACGUUCAACAUGUCUCUAUGCCAAAAGCAGGAGGCGACACUCUGAGACUAGAGGAUGGCCAGGCUGUGCAGCUGGAAGAUGGAACAACAGCUUACAUUCAGCACACGCCCAAAGUGUUCUCUGCCCCAGAGAUAUAUGACCAGAGCACCCUGCAGGCGGUGCAGCUGGAGGACGGCACCACCGCCUACAUCCAGCACACCGUGCAGAUGCCGGAGACCAACACCAUCCUGGCCAUCCAGGCCGACGGCACCGUGUCUGACCUGCAGGCCAACGGUGCCAUCGACCCCGAGACCAUCAGCGUGCUGGAGCAGUACACUGCCAAGGUGGAGAGUGCAGAGUGUGUCAUGGGAGCAGGGCUGAUUAACCGAAAUGAUCCUGACAGAGGUGUUCAGAUGCAGAUUGUGCUGCAGGGUCAGGGAGGACGCAGCCUGCUCAAGGCCCAGCAGGCGGGAGAGAAGACCUUCCGCUGCGACUACGAGGGCUGUGGCAAACUCUACACUACGGCCCACCACCUAAAGGUACACGAGAGAUCACACACAGGAGACAGGCCGUAUAUGUGCGAUCAUCCCAGCUGUGGGAAGAAGUUUGCCACAGGCUACGGCUUGAAGAGCCACAUUCGGACGCACACAGGAGAGAAGCCAUACCGCUGUCAAGAGUUCAACUGUCAUAAAUCAUUCAAGACAUCAGGGGACCUACAGAAGCACAUUCGGACACACACAGGUGCACGGCCAUUCAAGUGUCCGUUUGAGGGCUGUGGGCGGUCCUUCACCACCUCGAACAUCCGCAAGGUGCACAUCCGCACGCACACGGGCGAGCGGCCGUACUACUGCUCCGAGCCGGGGUGCGGAAGGGCCUUCGCCAGCGCCACCAACUACAAGAACCACAUGAGGAUCCACACAGGGGAGAAGCCGUACAUGUGCAUGGUGCCAGGCUGCGACAAGCGCUUCACAGAGUACUCCAGCCUGUACAAGCACCAUGUGGUCCACACCCCCUGCAAGCCCUACAACUGCAACCACUGUGGCAAGACCUACAAGCAGAUCUCCACACUGGCCAUGCACAAGCGCACGGCACACAACGACACAGAGCCCAUCGAGGAGGAGCAGGAGGCCUACUUUGAGCCUCCCACAGACGCCAUUGAUGACCCUGGAGUUACCUAUGUACCGAAUGUGGAAGAGGAGGAUUCUGGGUCGGAACAGGUGGCAACUGAGGUCCUAGGGCAACAGCACGUGUCCCUUAUUACCCAAGAUGGAACCCAGCAGGUCAGUAUCUCCCAGGCUGACAUGCAGGCCAUGGGAAACACGAUCACCAUGGUAACGCAAGAUGGCACCACCAUCACUGUCCCGGCACAUGAGGCGGUGCUUUCGUCGGGCGAGACGCACUCGGUCACCAUGGUGACAGCAGACGGCACGGAAGGCCAGGUGGCCAUCGUGACCCCUGACCUGGCCACAUUCCAUGCGGCGCAGGCUGAGCUGGUGCAGGAGCACCAGCGGCACCUGGUGACCGGCAGCCCUCAGCCCGUCACCCUGCUGGCCACCUCCAACGGCACCCAGAUCGCCGUCCAGCUCAGCGAACAGCCAUCUUUGGAAGAAGCCAUUAGAAUAGCCUCAAGGAUACAACAAGGGGAUACUCCCGGACUCGAUGAUUAACGAUUACUUACCAGCACAGACUCUUCAGGGCUAAAUAACUUAGAAAUUAAAUCCAAAUCAAACAGGGUUCCUGUAGUUUAAAUGUGGAUGUUGUUGGACUGAGUGCUGAAAUUAAAUGAAAGGACUUUGUUCUUGUGUAAUUUAUGUACAUAUGUUUUAAACACGCGCUUAGGGGAUCUUGUCACACAGAUUUAGUCCUUCCUUGUUAAAAUGUAUUAUUGAAAUUUGGGGGGCUGAUAAAGGGCUGGGUUUGAGUGCAGUUGAAGCACUGACCUGUCACACGACUGGAUAAACCACAUUUCAACUCUCCUGGGCAGAUCUGCCAACAGUCACCUUUAACAGUGGGUGUUCUUUCUUGACAAAUCGUUUUUUUUUUUGGUCUGUGGGAAAGUUAAUUAUUUUGAAGCUAACAAGUAUCUCUCCAGGGUAGCAUCGUUUAAGUUAAAUACAAAUACACAUUCUAAUAAUAAAUUUGAGGGAAAUUAAGAACUAUCAAACUACUUUUGAGAGCUGUUUUUCCCUUCAAGAUGCAUUUCGUUCAGAUACCAAAACUGGCAGGUUUGCAUAUUAAAACCGUACAUUUCAACUGAGUGCUAGAGCAGUGUACCUAAAGGAGAAAAACAGAAUCAGAAUGUCAUAUUUAUAUGCAAGUUAUUGUAUGACGAACAAUUUAAAAUAAGAUAUUUUUAUCUUGAAAACUAUCAACUGCAUUUCUGACUAGAAACAGUUGCUCCAACUCCUGCUUACACUUCACUGACAUUGUUUAAAUUGCCAUUAGAAAUUGUGUUUUUUUUUUGGUACUUAAAAUCAUUCUACUGAGGGACACUCCACCCUCACACAACACUUGCCCUCUGAGAGUAGACCUGUAUAUUUCCAUUUUUUUCUCCUUACAGUUAUUUUAGCUGAUGCUACUGUAUGAUGAAAAGGGCCACUGUGAAGCUGUUUUUUUCUUCUCCUGGGAAGUAAGGAACCUGACCAAAACUUUGGAGUAUCAAGUGGGUUGCUGAUCCCCUUUAACAUGUCCAUCCUUGAAAAGGGCUUGAUGCAGUUUACAGAUCAGUGGUUUGACCCCCACAGAUUACCAUGCUAUCAAAUUUUGAUACAUUUUUUUUUUCUUCUUGGUUGAUGUCUUUACUCUGUAUAUAUGCAUUCAGUGCUUUAAAUCCUCCAUAUAUUUUAAAGUUUGAUUAUGCACAAGUGAUGGAUAAGCAUUGGUUAUGCAAUAUUAAAACAGUAAAAUCUA